AACAUACGCAGUUGUAGAUUAAAAGGAUCCUAACAUAUAAAUCAGUAAUAGAAAAACAGAACAGGUACCUUAAUGGAAUAAAUUUUUGCAAGAAUUAAACUUUGCGAGUUUUGUACAUUUCGCGAAAUGCUUAAAUUCCCACUGCCGCCACGGCAAUUUUUUUUCCUUAAAUAGUUGAAAGUAACCUUAAUGGUUGGAAGUAAGUGAUAGUUGGAAGUAACUCAAUUGAUGGUGAGAAGUAACUUGGAAUGUUUUCUCUAAUUUUGAAUUUCAGUGAUGGUUGCAGGUAACUUAGAAGAAUGACCCGUGAUGAACUUUGAUCUUUGGCACUUUCGAUCCUUUUUCAUUUAGUUUCUUUUCUUUGGUUUUGAGCAUGAUAUGAACGUAGAUUUUUAUUAGCUGUGAUAUUUUUUUUAACUUUCAAGUGUGGAGAUUAGUUGUUUAAUACACGUCUUUUUCUACUGAUAUUCGAAGAGAGAAGUUUUACUGCUUGGUACUAUGGCUGCUAAAGGAAGCUAACAAACUCGGAAACAGCCAUCGGUAUGUGAAAAUACGUAUUCAAAAUUUUGCCCAGCUAUGCUUAUAUAGUUUUAUUUAUUAGAUUCUAGCUUGGAGGAAAGAAUACAGAAGGAGAAACAACUUCAUUUCUGUACGCUUCAAAUGUAUUGAAUUUUCUAUUGUUUUUAAUUUCAAAAGAAUCAGUGCGUGAGGUGCUCAACCGAGUCUUUUUCGCAAAAAAAUGAUCAAAUUCUAUAUUCUCCUUUAAUAGGGGCUAACUUUUUUCUAUUGAAAUCUGACUGUAACACGCUGCAGGCACGUGAUUAUUGUAUGGAAAGUGUUCCUAAUAUAAGACGGUAAACAUUACUGUUAAAAACCUCAACAAUACGUUUGGAAAUAAGCGUUUAACCAUGAUAUUAACCUAUUUUGCAGGCUUGAGUAUACCACUUUGAUCAUGAAAAACAAUAUAGAUAGAUAUGCGCCGGACGAGUGCCGACAAAAUGUGUGCUGGAUUAAUGUUUAUUCUAACUAAAGAAAUAACUUCUUAUAACAGAACGUCGUUUUAAAACGAGAUAUAAGCUUUUUCUUUUUGUUUACAAAAGUUUCCAGCAUGUGCUUCUUCGCUAAUUAUGUUAACAUAAGAACAAAAGAAAUUUUACCGAUUUCAAUAUGGCUUCUUGUUUUGAUAAUACUAUCAAAUUCAUCAUCAAAUUAUCUAAUUGUUUUUAUAACCAAUCAUAGUUGUGAAUUGUUAUUCACGAAUAAUUUAGUCACACAACCGCCAAAAUUUUAAAUUAAGUUUCUAUACAGACACCUGCUAGAACCUCACGCAGUGUUUCAAUAGAUUUAAAAGAGUUGUUUCUCCUUCCGUAUUCUUUCCUCCAAGAUUCUAGAGAUGGAAUGAAAAAACUUCUCACCGCUGCUUCUUUGUCAAGUGUUACCGAUGAUACUUCUGAAAUAGCAGAAACUAGUAGUGUGGUUGAUGACAGUAUUGAUAUGACUGUGGAAGGCUCUUCUGUACCGAAAAAGAAGAAAUCAAUUACAGGCUACCAAAUGUUCUUGAUGCAAUGUUCGGUAAUUAUGUUAUUAAAAAAUGAUCGCUAUCAUACAUGCAUACUUCGAAAAAGUAGACUCAACAAUUACCAUUCUAUGAUAAAAAACAAUAUUAGUAGGAUGUUCUUGAUAAAAACACUCACUGAUGUUAGCAAAAGCAAGACAUCUAUAUCGGAUCAGAGCAAAGUGGCUUCAAUGGCUUGGCAUAGGUUGAAUGACUGAGAAAGAGAGGUAAAAGUUUUCGAAACUCCAUAAUUUAUUAUGUUGUAUAAUUACGAGAACUGUCAUUGAAUUUGUGUAUUCUUAUAGGAUUGGAACAAAAAAGCUCAAAGGGAACUGCUAGAUCAAACGUAUAAAUGUCUUACAUGCGGAAAAGUAUAUAACAAGGAGAAAACAUAUAAAUUCCACGUAAAAACUGUAAAGACGUUGAUUGCGAGUGGUGUGGAAGAAAACUCAAACAGAGUAUUCUGCACGUUAAGGUACACAAUCCUGAUGCUUCCCAGGUGUGCUCAGUCUGCGAGGAAGUGUUCGGCAGUAAUCAAGCUUUGAAGCGUCAUAAGUUAUUCAUGACUCGGAGAGUCGUAUGCAUGUCAGAAAUGCAAACAUACAUUCUCAACAAAGGAAACUUUGAAGAGACACGAAAAAACCGUCUAUUUUUUUGUCUUUACACUUUAGACCACAUAGAAUGAAAUACACGUUUAUUUUUUUAUAGGAAACCAGUCUAUAAGAAACCAUAGGCUCAAAAAGUCAAAAAUUUAAGAAACUUUUAAGAAACUUGAGCAGGCUGUGAAAUCUCAAAGUUAAGAAACUGAUAUAAUUAUAACAGAAAAAGGGAGGGAAACAGAAUAGAAAGAGUUUUCUUAAGAAACAUUUCAGACUCAAAUUAUCGAAAUUUUAAGAAACUCGAGGCUCAACCAAAUGCUUAGGUUUCUUAUAUAAAAACAAGUGUAUGAUGGAAGGUUUUGUUUUGAGGAAGGCGUACAAUUCUUUAAUAAAUAUAUCGUUUUUGACGCCAUUGUCCUCCCAGCUUCU